AGAGGGGUUUGUGCAGGGAAGAGUUACUAUGGCAGGAGUUCUGCACUUCCUUCUGCUUUUAUUUCUGCAUUGUGGCUCAUUUAUCCUUAUUUCAGCCGGACCUGAGGAUGGCACGACCACUGUGGAUUCAGAUGCAGCUUUUACUACAACUGAGAGCCUUUUUUCUGCAGGGAGAACCAACUUCAGUGAGGUUCCCACCACAGGAUUCACAACCAGUAAUAGUAAGUUAACAACUAAACCUCCCACAACCACCACAACUACUGAACGUCUGACUGGAGACACUGGUAAAACAGCAGAGAGAGCAGUGUCCGGAAAAGAUGCUGAAGAAGAAGAAGGUCCUUUGGAAUUAGAACGGAGGUCCACCAGGAGCAUUAAAGUAGCAAAGAAGCCCAAAACAAUCCAGAAGAAACCAAAACUCAUCACCAAGAAGCCAAAGGUUGUUACGAAAGCCAAACCUCAGGUGAAAAAAAGUGUGAGCCCGUCGGUGGCCACGGAGACAGUCCCACAAUGUCCUCCACUGGGUCUGGAGUCACUGAAGGUCAAAGAUAAUCAGCUGAGAGCGUCAUCCUUUAAGCGCAAGGGCCUGGGCCCUCACCGUGGCAGGCUCAACAUCCAGUCUGGGAUAGAGGACGGCGAUAUCUACGAUGGAGCCUGGUGUGCUCAGUACAGAGACAAGAAGCAGUGGCUGGAGGUCGACGCCCGGCAGCUGACUCGCUUCACUGGUGUCAUCCUGCAGGGUCGCAACUCCAUCUGGAGUUGGGACGUGGUGCACACCUACAAGGUGCAGUUCAGUAACGACUCGCUGGUCUGGAAGCCGUGUAUGAACGGGACUGAAGAGGCAGUAUUUGAAGGAAACCAGGAUGCAGAGACUCCUGUCCUCGCUCUUUUCAACACGUCCACUGUGGCCCGUUACAUCCGGAUCAACCCACAGACCUGGUACCAGAACGGGACGGACGGUGACAUCUGCCUGAGAGCCGAGGUGUUGGGCUGCACACUCCCAGAUCCAAAUAAUAUCUACGCAUGGCAGACACAGCCGGCAGAGUCCAGAGACAAACUGGACUUCAGACACCACAACUACAAGGAGAUGAGGAAGCUGAUGAAGUUGGUGAAUGAGGCGUGUCCUGACAUCACUCGCAUCUACAGCAUCGGGAAGAGUUACACGGGCCUGAAGCUCUACGUCAUGGAGAUCUCUGACAAUCCUGGAAAACACGAACUGGGAGAACCAGAGUUCAGAUACGUUGCAGGGAUGCAUGGGAACGAGGUGCUGGGCCGAGAGCUCCUGCUCAAUCUGAUGCAGUACAUCUGCCAAGAGUACAAACGGGGAGACCAGCGCAUCGUCCACCUGGUCAAAGAGACUCGCAUCCACCUCCUGCCCUCCAUGAACCCUGACGGAUAUGAGAUGGCCUUUAAAAAGGGUUCAGAACUGUCAGGCUGGGCCCUGGGACGUUACAGCUAUGAAGGUAUCGACAUGAACCACAACUUCGCUGACCUCAACUCAGUGAUGUGGACCGCCAUUGAGCUGGAGACAGACCGGUCCAAGCUCAUCAACCACUACUUCCCCAUCCCUGAGCAGUACACCUCUGAGGAAGCCUUCGUGGCGUCAGAGACGCGAGCUGUCAUCAACUGGAUGCAAGACAUCCCAUUUGUCCUUAGUGCCAACCUCCAUGGUGGAGAGCUGGUGGUCACCUAUCCAUAUGACAUGACCCGGGACUGGGCACCGCGCGAGCACACGCCCACUUCUGACGAGAGCUUCUUCCGCUGGUUGGCCACAGCGUACGCCAGCACCAAUCAGGUGAUGUCCAACCCAGACCGGCGGCCCUGCCACAACAAGGACUUCCUCAGAUACAACAACAUCAUCAACGGGGCCGACUGGCACAACGUACCAGGAAGUAUGAAUGAUUUCAGCUACCUGCACACCAACUGUUUCGAGGUGACAGUGGAGUUGUCAUGUGAUAAAUUUCCUCACGCCAGUGAGCUUCCCAUCGAGUGGGAGAACAACAGAGAAUCCCUGCUGAUCUACAUGGAGCAGGUCCACCGAGGAAUUAAGGGUGUGGUUCGUGACAAAGACACAGAGGCUGGCAUUGCAGAUGCCAUCAUUAAAGUUGAUGACAUUGAUCAUCAUAUUCGAUCAGUUGCUGAUGGCGACUACUGGCGGCUGCUGAAUCCGGGCGAGUACCGUGUGACAGCCAGCGCGGAGGGCUACUACCCCUCCUCCCGCACCUGCUAUGUCAUGUACGACCACUACCCCACAAUCUGCGACUUCCGCCUCACCAAGAUGCCCAAGCAGAGGCUAAAAGAGAUCUUGGCGAAGGGGGGGAAACUGCCCAAGGACCUGCAGCUCCGGCUGCGACAGCUCCGCCUGCGUAAGCUCCGGGUCACCACCAAGGCCAUGAACCAGCGGCGUGUUGCUGCUGCCAAACGGGCGAAGAGGGUGUGAUUAUGUUACAUUAUAAAAGGUCAUACGAGAACAAAGCAGGACUUGGUUCAGAGACGUCUUCACUGGAUUCAUGUCCCUUUUCUUCUUUAUGAAGGACAAAACAACGAGGCACCUUGCUCCUUGUUUUACACCUGCACACACACACACACACGCCUGGGAGCUGAACACUUUCACUGCUGUGGAGCAGCAGAGCCACUGAGGGAACAGCUCCUUUCUAAAGGCCAUUUAUGGUUUCUGUUAAAGUCACAUUUAAUGUCUUUUCCAUGUUUCAGGCUGAAGGUCACAAGAUCAAUAAAGAAACUUUUGAUCCACAAGAGGCCUCACCAGCCUGUUUACUGAAAACAAUUUCUUUAUUUAUAUAUGGAAAAAAUAUGUGCACAACGCUGUGGUGGCUUGCCAGAUUGUAAGUGAAGCGAGGACUAUGAGGGCUGACUUUCAGUUUUCAGGGUGUUCACAUCCAGUGCAGGAACUGUUUCUGCAGCAC